GGCUCCCGAGUCAGCGCGAGGCGCCUGCACCUGCUCGGCUCCCGGCGCUGGCGGACGGAGCGGGCUAGACCGGGUCGGGCCGGCCAGAGAUGAACAUGGUGAGCAGCCCCACAUAAGGCAUUGACCACUUUCUGUGCUGCCUGACCAACUUGCUUUGGAACGAUCUUUCUUUGGAGUGGGAUGCCUAGACAUUUGAUGUUGGACUUUUCAGAAAUGGCAUCUGAAAUCUCACCAAAGUGCGGAUUUGAGAGCUUCGGAAGAAGUGGGAGCUUGGAGAGUCGAAGCAGCCACUCUAGGUGCAGAAAUUUUACCUUGGAUGAUGAAAGUCUCCAAUACCUAACCCAUGAGGAGAAGGAUGUUCUCCUGUUUUUUGAAGAAACUAUUGAUUCUUUAGAAGAUGACUUGGAAGAACAGGUCCUACAUGACAGCAGUAUCCACUGUCGCUCCCCAAGAUCAAUGGAUGAAAAUGCUUCCAGCCGUUCAGAAUCUGAAGAGAUCAUUGACUUGGUGCAAUCAACUCCUGAGAACAGUGAUCACAAGUGUACUCCAAACAGAGAAGUAGCACCAGUGUCAGAGGCUGCCAGGAGAACAGAUGGUCUUAAGCCAGAGGACAAUGAGUUGCCUGAGAAGAUUCCACCUCCCGAUGCUCCCCCAAGCCACCCUUCAGCUCCUCCGUUGAUGAUCGAUGAGAAAGUUCUUGCUCCAUGCCCUGUGCAGCACCCCAAGCUUCAUCAUGCAAUCCCUACACCAUUUAUCUUGGCUCAGAAAAUGUCCGAGAAGCAAGAUGAGACAAGGACAUGUUCUCCCACUUCCCCCAAGGAGGGGAAGCCUGAGGAGAGGAGAAAAGCCUCAGUGCACAAUGGAGACUGUUUCCCAACCCUUAAGCACCCUCCACUGCCUGCACCCAAAUCCUACCGGUUUCCAAGUAAUAUCAACAUAACCAAUGCAGGUGGGAAGGAAUUCAACCAAACUAUCUCUAAGGCAGCAGUCAAUGUGCAGGUGCGCAAGGCCCAGGUACUGGCCAACAUGAACGGAGCAGCCUUUGGGACAGCUGAAAUAGAAGAGAAGUGGCAGAAGAAUGAGGUCUUGGUUCGCAGCAGAAGCUCCUCCUUAAGAGAUCUAACUUCUGAGCAAACACGAUACGACGCUCUGACGAAACUAGGCCUGGCGAAGGGAAGGCCAAGUCUAGUCCAAAAAUAUUGUGCCCCAAACACACAGAAGAUACAGGACUUGCAGGAAGAACAGGGAAAGACUGUUCCUAAUGGGUAUCAGAAUAUCCACGCGACCUUAAAAUGCGAUCCCAGCCCUUUCCUUCCUAUGGGCAAGACCGUGAAGAUCAAACCAGACACAGCUCUCACCAGGGACAAGGUUGCUCGACAGAAUGUUGCCAAAAGCUUUUAUGAUCAUGGGCAGCCUGACUUAAAUCUGGAGAUGAGAAGGAGGUCAGGCUCACUGCCUAGACCUUCGGGGUUUCGACCCCAGGGGAUAACAGUACAGUUUUCUGGCCGAGGCUCAACGGAAGAAGCCAGGAAAGAGGCUCUUCGGAAACUGGGGCUGCUGAAAGAGACUAUGUGAAAAUCUAACAGGACCAUCCUGACACUUGGGGGCAAGCGAAUGGAUUGGCUUUGUUUGGAGCAGUCAAACAGGAACAGGUUUAAAAGGAAACUGGGAGAACAGGGGGCAGUUCUCUGCUCCUGCAACCUCAGUAGAUACUAAAUAUUGUACGAUCGCAGGGACUUGCUGUCUUCAUACCAAGAGUGGCACCCCAGAGAGUCUGCAGUGGGUUCACCACUACAUCCCAACAAAUUACCCAUCUGAUGUUCAGUGACUUGUGUAGACACUUUCUUUCUAAAGUCCUGGCUGUAGCAGAGGGCAUUGCAUUAAUGAAGUGUUCAGUGCAGUAUUUUUUUUAUUGUAUGUAGAUGACAAAAUCAAAUGGAGGAUUUUCCUUACAUUGUACCAUUCUGAAGCCAAAAAAGAGGGUUCCCUCUGUGUGUGUGUGUG